AUGACUGGCGCUGGCCUGCCUCCGCCGCCGCCGCAGCCACAGUCCCAGUCCCAGUCCCAGCCGCAGCACCCUCAAGACCGCCGCGCAUCCUCCUCACCAGGCGACACCUCUGUCGCGUCCGUCUACUCGGCCAUGGAGCAGAGGACAGGCCGAGACACCGGUCCCAACGACGCGCCAGCGACGCCCCCGAGGACAACAGCGGCGGGGGCCCGGAGGGGGGGGAACUCCAGAAAGGACCAAAAAGGAGGGCUUGGGAACCCCCCCAAAACCCGUCCCCGAACAUUCAUACUAUACAGACAACAUCACCAGGCUCAGGUCGUCUCUGAGCACCCCGGGCUCGCCAACCCGGACAUCUCCAAGAUCAUCGGGGAGCAGUGGCGACAGCAGCCGGACAACGUCAAAGCCGGCUGGAAGAAGCUCGCCGAAGAGGAGAAGGUGCGCCACCAGCAGCAGUAUCCGGACUACCGGUACCAGCCCCGGCGCGGCCAACGUCCAACGGGACGGCCGGGCACAGCAGCGGGCGAAGACUCGGGGCGGUGUCCCAAGUGCGGAGGACGGUACAUCUCGACGCCGAGGACCCCUCAGACGCCGGUGCUGACGCCGACGGCAGCGAAACCUGCCAUGAAUCCGUACCAGGCGAGAGAUGGGAGGGCGUACGAGGGAGAGCCAUCAAGACAGGCGCUGCCGCAGGGCAGACAGACGAACCCCUAUGGCCAGGCCCACCCAGGGGAGAUGGAGGAGAACUGGGAUAUCGCCUCGCCAGCUGUCGAUGCUAAACGCCGCCGAUUCAACACGACUGGCCACUACCAGGGCAUGUCGUCGCCGAACCCGUACCAAGGUCACCAAUCCUCAAGACAUUCAAGACAGGCGUCCGCCGCAGGGGCUUCCAGUGCCGGCCAUGGCUACGGGCCAGCGCCACUACCUGGCCCGCCAGGUAUGGGCCAACCUGGUCAAGGUCCCAUGCCGCCGCCGCCUCGCCCGCCACACUCGCAACACUUCCCAGGCCAAGGUCCGGGCCGCAACCCAAAUUAUGACGAGAGUCUUCGCCUUCCGCCCCUGCAAACGCAAAUGGCUCCAAAGACGCCAUCGGGUCAAGGCGAGUCUGACAACCGUGGCGCCGACCCACUUGGGCUAGGCAUGACAGCGACGAAUCCCGUAGAUAGCCAAGCGCGAAGCACAGAGGCCGUCGUCAUGAACAUUUCGUUCCAGAGCAAGCUCAACGUGCUGAGGAAGAUCAGCCCGCCUCUGGCCCCAGCUGGGUCCGCGAGCCCAGGCGCAGAGACCCGCGGCGCGGUCAUCGCUGUCGAGGGCCCAGACGAGCGGCUCCUCGAGCAGGUCGACGCCGCGCUCCAGCGAGGCCUGUCGGAAGCCCAAGUGAUCAACCUCCAAUGCUGGCGUGACGACAGCAGCACCAUCGGCAAGACGGAAGAUGUCGUCGUCGCUGAAGGCAGCAGCUCGGCAGGUAGCAGUCGCAAGAGCAGCAUCGAGGGCGUCGCGCUGUCCGACAUGUAUGUCGACUACAUGCAGAAGCUGUCGCAGUGGCACGGCAAGUCAAAACAGAUGGUCAAGCACAUCACGACGCGAUCCGAGCAACAGCAGCGGUCAGUGCCCGUGAGGAGGGCAUCGGAAGGCGAGGUUAGCACACCGCGCGAGGAGUCAUCAUCGCCGAGCAUGAUCCCCGUCGCUCUCGUGACGGGCGGAUACAGCGCGACCAUUGCUGACCGGUACGCGUGCCGCGUGCCCAUUGUCGACUCGUACGCGCCCGUGGACCACUGGCAGUGGAUGGCGACGCUGUGGCGGGGGGUCGUUGGAGCCGACCUGGUGGUCUAUGUCAAACCGAGUGCGGAGGACGAGGUCGCGCGGCUCGGCAUGCUCGACUUUGUGGAGUCUGGCAUCAUGCUUCUCAGAAUUGCUCCAGGGAAAGGUCUUGAUGACAGGAGUUCGCGUCGUCUCUCGUUCGAAGUGAUUGAUUGGCUAUGCAGCGGGAACUACAAGAAAGAGUCAGCUGGCCCGAGCUGA